AAGUUGAAGCCGUAUUUAUAUGUACGUAGUUCUAUACAGGACUGUCGGGCAGUCGGAGGUCCGAUCUGUGAGGAGCUCGGGAUUCAUUCAAGAAACACAGUGAAAAAUAGUAGUGCUAUUGCGGUCGUAGGAAUACAAGAAAAUAUAUAUUGAAUAAAUCAAAUGGUUUCACGAAACAGCUUGUGACAUGAAGUUCUUUGGUUACUGCGUGCUGUUGUUACUGGCAGCGCUUCUCUGUGAGGGUCAGCGACCACCAGCACUACCUUUCAACAUAAACAGCUUCUCUCAGGCGCUCAGAAGUAAAACUAAUGUUCCGGGGGGAAGGUCGUUCACACCCAACGACAUUAUACUCCGGUACUAUGGUAAGAAUUCGACUGUGCCGACAUCAUAUCGUUUUAGUGAGGUGAACAGACUUUUAGCUGACCCAACGUUUGAUCCUAAGCGACCUACGGUACUAUUUGCUCACGGGUAUGUGGAGUUAGCGACCGAUGAAUCGGUACUAAGGAUAGUUCGUGCCUACGUCCAGAGAGGCGGUUAUAACAUUCUAGUAUUAGAUUGGUCGAACAUGGCCUUUGGAAACUACCUGCUUGUUUCGUUGGACGUACCUGUUACGGGCAAGAAAGCAGGCAAAGCACUGCUAAAGCUGUUAAAGGGGGGGCUGUCUUUGAAAGGGUUGCAUUUAGUGGGACAUUCACUCGGCGCGCAUCUCUUGAGCUUUGCAGCAAAAGCUUUAGCAGCAAAAGGAUUUACAGUACCCAGAUUAACUGGUCUGGAUCCCGCGUACCCAGGGUUCUACCCUCCGCUGCUGGCGGCGCACAUGUCCAGCGAGGACGCUGACUUCGUGGACGUAAUCCACACGGACGGGGGAGGUUUCGGUGCCCCCUCCAGCACCGGUCAUGCCGACUUCUGGCCCAACGGUGGGCAGGCCAAGCAACCCGGCUGCCUGUCGUUCACUGUGCCUUUAUCCAAUGAAGAUUUCUGCAGCCACUGGCGGUCGUGGGCCUUCUGGGCGGAGUCAGUCGAAGGGAGUCAGUUCAUGAGUCGAAAGUGCCUAGAUUAUGACGCUUUUCUGCGCGGCCAGUGUCACGACGCACCCUCAGUGAGCAUGGGGCUGGGAGCCACGUCUGAGUUAGUUUUGUUGGAUGUUAUUCGUACUGAGCAACGAAUAGGUUGUCUCAAGCCCAUUCCGUUGUGGAUAAGGCUAGACAGACGAUUUUCACGCUGAUCCCUUCAUCUCCUUUUUAUCAUCGCACCUCCCGCCAUCGGAGCAGAGUUCAUCCAUAUUAUCUGGAACCGCUGCGUUCAUCGAAAGUGCGUUUCCAAAGAACUUUUUUUCCACGUACCAUCCGGCUUUGGAAUGAGCUCCUCUCCACGGUGUUUCCUGAACGCUAUGACUGUCCUUCUUCAAACGAGGCUUGCGGAGAGUACUUAAUGGUAAGCAGCGGCUUGGCUCUGCUUCUGGCAUUGCUGACGUCCAUGAGCGACGGUGACCACUUACCAUCAGGUGGGCCGUAUGCUCGUCUACCUACAAAGGCAAUAAAAAAAAAGCCGACCAGAGCACUUAUUAUGCCGCUUCAAUACUGUUACGCGCUGUGGUUCGGGACAAAUAAAAAUUCUACUUAAGUACAAAUUAAAAUUCUAUUCAACACUUAGAACACUUUACAUUUCGUAAUUCACUUAUUCCGCGUCGCUUCAGGUGAUCCGGUCGCUGAUUCGCUUCCGAACCGAUAACUAACUGCCAUCGUGUUAUCUCUGCAACGCUUUUAUAGUCGAUACGACAUCCCUAAAGUUAUCGAGAACAUUCCUGACAAGUCGAGUAUUUUCGAUAUGCGUUUCAGCCAUUUGACUACAGAUGGCGUUGUACUUCUCGAGCGUUCUCGAUUUUACUAUUUGUUUUGACAUUCGUUUCUACUAUUCGACCAUAGAUGGCGUUACUGUUACUGGCGUAACAAUACUGUGGUAGAUCGGAGAUCUAUUAUGACGCAGCGAUCCUUGAUACAGGUUUCAGUGAUGUGGUGUCAGUCGGGUACAAAUAUGGUGCGCAGGGCGCACGCUCACCCCACCCUCCGACCCUCGGGGUGCCGUUGCAUUAAUCCGGUAACCACUUAACACCAGGCGGGCCGUGAGCUCUUCCACCCAUCUAAUCAAUAAAAAAUAAGCAUAGCGGAAUCGCAUAGCGUGAUCUUCAACAACGCGCGUCGCGAUGCCACGAAAUCAGUUUAAAAUUUGGAAUUUAUGUCGUAUAGCUACUAGAUAAGAUUUAAUUUGAAAUGUGAAAUUAAAUGUAAUCUGGUCCCGUUGCCAUAAAGGUUAUUGUUACCCUGUACCACAUAUCGUAUCGACACAGUCCUACAACUGUGAUGCUAUAAGAUGUUCACUCUAAGGCUUAAUUUAACCACUUUAGUUAUGACUAGCUGUACCCGUCCGCUUCGCUGGGCAUUUAAAAUCAAAUUUAAAUAUUUAUGUAUAUGAAUGAUUUAUUUUAUUUUAUUUCAGACAACAACAAAUCCUAAAGUGUACAUAGUAUCAUUGAAACAUGCUUAAAAUUGACAAAAUAACAAAAAUUAACAAAUUAUUAAAAAUAAUUAUCAGUUGAAUACAUUUCAAAUAUUCCAUUUAAAUGAUAAUAAUAAUAAUAUAACACUUUAUUUACACCAUAUGUACAAAGUAAGCAUAUAAAAACAAAUAAUAGACGGUGACAUAAAUUGGCGGCCUUAUCGCUGAAAGCGAUCUCUUCCAGGCAACCUUGCGGGGAGAGGAAUGAGCUGAUCCUUACUUCGAACCAACCAUUAUUAUUAUUAUUUAGUCCGCAAGUGAACCAUGAUGCAAUGGUUCAAGUACCGACAGUCCUAACGGCCUGUUAAUGCCUUUCCUAUAUGGAUAUAGAUGAAUAAGGCUAUUUAUUUUAAUGUUUUCAUUUUAGAUUACGAGGGAAUUUUUAUCUUCGGACGGCCACUAGAACUCCGUAUUCUCUAGGCAUCAAAGGAGCAGAAUAAUUAUGGUGAAUUAUUUUAAAUUUAGUAAUAAAAGGUCUAUCCGUUAGCACACCUAUUAAUAGUUUCAUUAAAACUGUUCCGCUGUUUAAGGUUUAGGAACGCGUAAGCACUGUUAUUGACAUGGGCAACAUAUCCACUUUAAUAUAAAGUUUAGAUCAAUACUGGUAAUAAAAGACAUGAAAAAGUACAAAGAAAACUUUACAAAUAUUUAUUAAAAACUAACUUAUCACAGAACACAUUGUGGUUGAACAUAAUUUUAUGAAAUUGUGCAGUCCGUACUCUAAUAUGUAUUUAAUAUUACUAUUUUAAAUAUAAGUAUUAUUAUAUAUUAUUAUUAUUUUUAUAUUAUUAUUAUUUUUAUUCAUUUAUUAGAUAUUAUGAAAAUUAUCACAUACAUGAUUUUCUUUGGGACAACAUUGAAAAUAAAUGGAUUUUUAAUUAUUAGUUGAAUUAUGAAUGAAUGAAUAGUAUUAUGUAAAUAUGAUUAAGAAAUUAAAUUAUUAAAAACAAA